CGUCAAAGCACAUGUGCACAGAACACGGCGGUAACAAGUUGUCCAUACUAUGCCAAUAGCUUCAUCGAAAUCUUCCAAUUCCGUUUUGAUAAUGGAAAGCAACGACAUUACUAAAUCUGGUCUACUCUUGGUCGAGAAGAAGGUCCGAAAUUUGGAAAAGCGAAAGAUAAAACUUGAUGCCUACAAGAAGCAAAAGGAUGAUGGGAUGAAACUCAACGAAGAUCAGAUGGGAGCUAUUGCCAACUUGGCAGUUGUGGAAAUGAACCUGGAAAUGGCUAAAGACCUUCAUAAGCAGUUUCAACAACUCUAUGCUGAUCACCAAAAGCAAAUGAAGAAGCAAGCAAGACGUGAGCAGGUUGCUUCCCAAGCAGCUCAGCACAGCAGUGAUGUAGCUAAGGUUGAAGAGGUUCUUGAACUGCAGUCAUUCAUGGAUAACAUAUCUGAGGAUGUUCGAGCUGACUUUCUUAAUGGUACCAAUGGAGCUGUUGUGGUCACAGAAGAAGAAUUCAGUCAGAUAGACAAGUUCUAUAAACUGAUAACACCAGAUGCAGAUGCUGAAGAGAAGAUGUCCAAGCAGAUCAAAGAUGCAAGUGAACAUAUUGUCAACUUUUUGAACAGUUCUCCAGCAGCCGUCGUUGAUACAACUUACAAAGCACUGCAUGAAUUAGUUUCACGCAUCAAUAAGAGUGGAUACUUUGAGCCUGUUAAGUCAAGUGCUGAGGCUGACAACAAAGAAGGAGAAGAGGAAGGAAGUAGUAGAGCUAGCACACCAAAUGGGGAGCUGUCUUCUGGAAGUGGUGAAGAGGUACAAGAAAAUGCUGCCCAACAACAACAGGAAAUGGCAACAGAAUCGGCCCCUGCUGUAGUCCCUUCUGAUGUCGAAAAAGAACAAGAAACCAAGACUUCUCAAGACAUCCAACAAGAAGUAGACACACCUCCAGCGGCAGCAGACGUGACAACAUUCACUGCCAAUGAACAUGGACUGAACUUCUUGGGUGAUUCUGAAAUUGAGAAAGCUGCAAACGCACCAGAAAAUAAUGUUCCCACAGCACAAGGUGUUUCUGACUGGGCAGAGGAAGUGGAAAAUGGUCAACAUGCCAGACAAGCAGAUACAGGAAAUGAUAAUGCUCCACCAACAACAAAUGGAUUCGGCCAUCGUGGUCGUGGCGGCGGCCGAGGGGGUGGAUUUAGAGGAAAUUUCAAUAACAGACGUGGUGGUGGUGGCGGUGGAGAUAGAGGAGGACCAAGAAGGGGUGGGCGUGGCGGAUUUGGCCAGCAUAGAGGAGGCGGAGGAGGUGGAUUUCAAGAUCACGAUGGAUUCAGAAGAGGAGGACGAGGAGGUGGGCGUGGUGGAUUCAGCAGGGGUGGAGGCCAGAGAGGGGCACACCGAGGAGGACCACCCCCUCAAUAACAAAGAAACAAAUUAAAAUACCGGAUGUAAAAUGUCACGUGGAUGUUUUCCAUUUUGCUUAGGAAGAUUUGGAUGAAGCCUUUGGCAUAAUAAUUGAAAGAAACUAGUUACAAACUGUGUUAUAUUGUGAGCACUGAACCUGGAAAAACAAAAUUACAAAUUACCUCAGGACCAACCCUGGGCAUCCCUCAACAUUGUUCUUUCCAAUACAAGACGUUAUUCGAUUCCAGAGUUUAUCAGCAAAGUCUAUGUUAUAUUCAGACAGACAGACCUGUCCGUCUGUCCAUUGUUUAUUGUUUAGCGCAUGUAUGUAGUUUCAUAAGGCGGCCAUGGUUGUACUUACAGACAUAUUACAGACAAAGUAUAUAGACAGUUGGCUUAAUAUUCUACGAUAAAAAGGAGCAAGUGAAUAAUAAAGUUUGUACAAAUGAUUCAUUUUGCUUCUCUACUCAUCAUAUAGGAUUGUUCUCGUUGUGGAUUAAUAAAGUCUUGUGCAGUAUAUUUAUCACUA